GAAUAACAUUUUAUAACCCAAAAAAAUACACUCUAUAAGCUGGUUUUGUUUUUCUUCAUUUUCAUUCAUACGAGGGAAAGAAGAAUGGCAACCAUAACAUUAGAUCCAAGUUUAACCCUUCAUACCAACUCCAAAACUCACCAGCAUGGGGCUGUGAUGGAGGAAAUUGAUGGGCUUGUUAGGGUUUACAAAGAUGGACACGUGGAACGAUUUCAGAUUGUUCCAUGUGUCACUAGUGCAUUAGUCCCCAAUCUUGAUGUGACCUCAAAUGACACGGUUAUCGAUACGUUUACAAACAUUUGGGCACGAUUUUACGUGCCCAAAUGUCACGGGAAGCUUCCUUUGGUAGUUUACUUCCACGGAGGCGGAUUUUGUGUUGGUUCGGCUUCUUGGAGUUGCUACCAUGAGUUCCUAGCAAAGCUCGCUGCCAAAUCCGGUUGCAUAAUUAUGUCAGUGAAUUAUCGAUUGGCCCCAGAAAAUCCUCUUCCGGCCGCCUACGACGACGGUUUCAAGGCACUCAUGUGGGUGAAACAAGAAGCCCUAUGUGGUGCCGCCAAUGAAAUGUGGUCAAAACAAUGCAAUUUCUCUAGCAUCUUCCUAGCCGGUGAUAGUGCUGGUGCCAACAUAGCCCACAAUGUGGGCAUUAGACUUGGUUCAUGCCAAGCCAUGGCUUUAAAGCCUUUGACCAUCAAGGGGACAAUUUUAAUACAACCAUUUUUUGGAGGAGAGGGAAGGACUCAUUCUGAGAAGUAUAUGGUGCAACCACCACGCUCCCCCCUUAGCUUGGCGGCCUCGGAUACAUAUUGGCGGUUAUCAUUGCCGCCGGGGGCGAACCGGGAUCAUCCAUGGUGCAACCCAUUGGCAAAAGCCUCAACAAAAUUGGAGGAGAGGAUUUUCCCUACCAUGGUGUUUAUAGCUGAGAUGGAUAUAUUGAAAGAUAGGAACUUGGAGUUUUGUGCUGCUUUGGCUAGUGCAGGUAAGAAAGUGGAUUAUGUGGUCUACAAAGGUGUUGGUCAUGCAUUUCACAUCCUAAACAAGUCUGAGCUCUCUCAAACUCAAACCCAUGGAUUGAUCUCUCAUAUCAAGGCAUUUAUCACUAGAUGAUUCUCUCUCACUCAAUAAUGCUAUGUAUUCAGAAAAGUAAUUUAAUUUAAUAUCUAUGGAGCAGCAUUAUUUCGGGCAUGACUCAACAUCAACUAGUUUAAAUCCAUAUUAGUUUCGUUUGGAAAGUGGGUUGCCUUUUUAACUUUUUUUUAUUAUUUUAAUUU